AUGGCUAGAGAAGACGCCGUUCAAAAAGAAAAGGUUGCUAUCAUUGGAUCUGGUAAUUGGGGUACUGCAGCAGCAAGAAUUAUAAGUGGAAAUGUAACGCGACACCCCAAUUUUCAUUCCGAAGUGAAAAUGUGGGUAUUUGAAGAAAUUAUAGAAGAUCGUGCACUUACCGAGAUUAUCAAUGAACAACAUGAAAAUAUUAAAUAUCUACCUGGAUUUAAAAUUCCCGAAAACGUGAUCGCUGAUCCGGAUUUGUUGAAUACCGUAAGGGAUGCUACUAUCUUAGUAUUUGUUAUCCCUCAUCAAGUGUUAUGUGAUCAAUUAAAAGGUAAUAUCCAUCCUAAAGCUAUAGGAAUUAGUUUAAUCAAAGGUUGUGAUACAGACGAAACCGGAAUUCGACCUAUUUCUCUAAUACUCAAAGAAGCUUUAAGAAUUCAUAUAUGUACUUUAAGUGGUGCGAAUAUUGCUAAUGAAAUUGCCGAAGGAAAAUUUACCGAAACUACCAUUGGUUAUAAAAUACGUGAAGAAGGUGAAUUAUUUAAGAAACUUUUCGAAACUUCUUAUUAUCGAGUAGGAAUUAUUAAUGAUGUAAUAGGAGUAGAAAUGUGUGGAGCAUUAAAGAAUGUAAUCGCUAUAGGUGCUGGUAUUAUUGAUGGAUUAAAGAUGGGUAAUAAUACUAAAGCUGCAAUUAUUAGAAUUGGAUUAUUGGAAAUGAAAAAAUUUAUAAAAAUGUUUUAUAAAAAUAUUAAAGAUGAAACAUUCUUUGAAAGUUGUGGAAUGGCUGACGUUAUAACUAGUAGUUAUGGUGGUAGAAAUCGUAAAGUUGCUGAAGCUUACGUGACCACUGGCAAGUCAUUUGAACAAUUGGAAAAAGAACUUCUCGGGGGUCAAAAAUUACAAGGUACUUUAACAGCCAAAGAAGUUUGUGCGAUGAUAUCAAGAAAGGGUCUAGAAAAUGAGUUCAAAUUAUUCAUCGCUAUUUAUCGAAUUGCAUUCGAAGGAUUAGCACCCAAUAAAAUUUUUGAUGCUAUCGUUGAUUAA